CCUAUUGAGGUAUUUACAGAUCAUAAUCCAUUAGUUUUCCUUCAUAAAAUGAAAAACAAAAACCAAAGACUCAUGAGAUGGAGUCUGUCUUUGAAAGAAUUUAGCAUUGUUAACAUAUUAGACAACAUCAUAGCUGAUGCCUUAUCUAGAACUUAA